AUGGCGAAUCCCAAGCCCCAGACCACGACACCUCUUCCCUCCGUGAUGCAACCUCAAAAGAAAGAGGCCUUCGGCAACUUGGCACCAUGGAGCGAACCUUCAUGGUACUCCUCCCUUACGUCUCCCUACUACAAUGAUUCGCACAAAAAACUCCGCAAUGCGUGCCGCGCAUACAUCGAUACGAACAUAAAGCCAUAUAUGUUGGAAUGGGAAGAGGCCGGCGAAGCGCCCGCGCAAGAACGAUUAAAAUGGGCGCAGACUGGCUUCGCCUUUGCUGAUGUGCCAGAGCCAUAUCGUCCACGCAAUGUACCGGGGCCAGCGGGUAUACCGGUUGGCGAUUUGGACUUGUUUCACUUGAUGGUUAUGACGGAUGAGAACAGUAGGAUAGAGGGGGGCGUGGGCACCGCAUUGGGAGGUGGAAGUGUGAUUGGUGUUCCACCGAUUGUGCAUCAUGGAACCGAGGAGCAGAAGAAGAAGUGGUUGCCGGGAUUAUUUACUUGGGAAACAAGUUUCUGCCUGGGCAUCACUGAGCCAGGUGGUGGGUCCGAUGUCGCGAACCUCCAAACCACCGCAACGAAGACCGAAGACGGACAGUUCUACAUUGUGAACGGAUACAAGAAAUGGAUCACUGGUAUGCCAUGGGCCACACAUAUGACAACCGCCGUUCGUACUGGUGGACCAGGCGCCAGUGGCAUCUCUGUACUAGUCAUUCCCACCAACUCACCCGGUCUUACGCACCGUCGCAUACCCAACUCCGGUCAGAAAGGCGGAGGCGCAAGCUUCGUAGAAAUGGACGACGUCCGCGUUCCCGUCAGUAAUCUUGUCGGUAAAGAAAACGAGGGUUUUCGCAUUGUCAUGACAAACUUCAAUAAGGAACGCUUCAUCAUGAGCAUAGGAUGCAACAGGAAAGCGCGGACCUGUCUGAGCGAAUCAUUCCACUACGCACACAAGCGACACACUUUUGGCAAGCCCCUCAUCUCCAACCAGAUCAUCGCGCACAAAUUAGCUACAAUCGGUCGAUAUGUAGAGAGCCACUGGGCAUGGCUAGAGCAACUCGCUUACCACAUCCAACAAUCGCCUCUCGGCUGGCAAGAUCCCGAGAUCGCGGGCCAAAUCGCCUUGAGCAAGGUACAUGGUGGCCGUAUACUUGAGAUGGCGAAUCGAGAGGCUCAGCAGAUAUUUGGUGGCGCUGGAUAUCAGAAAGGUGGGCCUGGUGCUAUCGUUGAACAAAUCAGUCGCGAUUUGAGGAUGAUGGUUGUUGGUGGUGGAAGUGAGGAGAUCAUUGCGGAUUUGGCGGUCAGGCAGGAGACGGCGCUUGCGAAGAAACGUGGAUGGAAGUUGUGA